UGUGCCUGCCCCUGCCCCGGGCCAUGGCUUCGGGCCUGCAGCAGGCGGUCGCCUCCGCCUCUGCCGCCUCCGCCUCGUCUUCCUCUGCUGCCGCCGCUACGGUAGCGGCCGGCAGCUCUGUGGCUCAGCUCCUGCAGCCGCGCUGGAAGCGAGUGGUGGGCUGGUCGGGACCGGUGCCUCGACCCCGCCACGGUCACCGCGCCGUGGCCAUCAAGGAGCUCAUCGUGGUGUUUGGUGGCGGCAACGAGGGUAUCGUGGACGAGUUGCACGUGUAUAAUACGGCAACCAACCAAUGGUUUAUCCCCGCGGUUCGAGGGGACAUUCCUCCAGGCUGCGCAGCCUAUGGCUUUGUGUGUGAUGGGACUCGCCUGCUGGUGUUUGGUGGGAUGGUGGAAUAUGGGAAGUACAGCAACGACCUCUACGAGCUACAGGCAAGCAGGUGGGAGUGGAAAAGGCUGAAAGCAAAGGCCCCCAAAAAUGGGCCCCCUCCAUGCCCUCGGCUUGGGCACAGCUUUUCUCUCGUGGGCAACAAAUGCUACCUGUUUGGGGGUUUGGCUAAUGACAGCGAGGAUCCCAAGAACAACAUUCCGAGGUACUUGAAUGACCUAUACAUCUUGGAGUUAAGGCCAGGCUCUGGCGUAGUAGCCUGGGACAUCCCCAUUACUUAUGGGGUCCUGCCGCCCCCCAGGGAGUCUCACACGGCUGUAGUCUAUACAGAAAAGGACAACAAGAAAUCCAAACUGGUUAUCUACGGGGGAAUGAGUGGCUGCAGGCUUGGGGAUCUCUGGACCCUGGAUAUUGAGACCCUGACCUGGAAUAAACCUACUCUCAGUGGAGUGGCUCCUCUGCCUCGAAGUCUUCAUUCUGCCACCACCAUAGGAAACAAAAUGUAUGUGUUUGGUGGUUGGGUUCCUCUUGUUAUGGAUGACGUCAAAGUGGCCACACAUGAGAAGGAGUGGAAGUGCACCAACACACUGGCCUGUCUCAACUUGGACACCAUGGCCUGGGAAGCUAUUCUGAUGGACACACUGGAAGACAACAUCCCCCGGGCUCGAGCUGGGCACUGUGCAGUGGCUAUCAAUACCCGGCUCUAUAUCUGGAGUGGGCGAGACGGUUACCGAAAGGCAUGGAAUAACCAAGUCUGCUGUAAGGACCUCUGGUACCUUGAGACCGAAAAGCCUCCUGCCCCAUCCCGGGUGCAGCUGGUCCGAGCCAACACCAACUCUCUAGAGGUGAGCUGGGGAGCGGUGCCAACAGCUGACAGCUAUCUCCUGCAGCUCCAGAAGUAUGACAUUCCUGCUGCUGCUGCUGCCACCUCGCCUGCAGCCAACCCAGUUCCAUCUGUGCCUAUCAAUCCCCCCAAGAGCCCUGCCCCAGCUGCAGCAGCCCCUGCCGUGCAGCCACUGGCCCAGGUUGGCAUUACGCUGCUCCCACAGGCAGCUGCAAACCCCCCCACCACCACCACCACCAUCCAGGUCUUGCCGACAGUGCCUGGCAGCCCCAUCCCUGUGCCCACCACAGGUCGGACUCAAGGUGUCCCUGCUGUUCUCAAAGUGACUGGCCCCCAAGCUACAGCAGGAACUCCCCUGGUCACUGUUCGACCAGCCAGCCAACCUGGGAAAGCUCCGGUUACUGUGACUUCGCUGCCUGCUGGUGUCCGAAUGGUUGUGCCGACACAGAGUGCCCAGGGGACAGUAAUUGGCAGCAAUCCUCAGAUGAGCGGUAUGGCGGCAUUGGCAGCAGCAGCUGCAGCCACCCAGAAGAUCCCUCCUUCCUCGGCUCCCACAGUACUGAGUGUUCCCGCAGGGACCACCAUUGUUAAAACAGUAGCUGUGUCUCCUGGAACCACUACACUUCCAGCCACAGUGAAAGUGGCCUCCUCCCCAGUCAUGGUGAGCAACCCUGCCACCCGGAUGUUGAAAACGGCAGCAGCUCAAGUGGGCACAUCAGUGUCAUCAGCUGCCAACACUCCCACCCGCCCCAUCAUCACUGUUCACAAGUCAGGCACUGUGACUGUGGCCCAGCAAGCCCAGGUGGUGACCACUGUGGUUGGUGGGGUCACCAAAACCAUCACUCUGGUGAAAAGCCCCAUCUCUGUCCCGGGGGGCAGUGCACUGAUUUCUAAUCUGGGCAAAGUGAUGUCAGUUGUUCAGACCAAACCGGUUCAGACCUCAGCGGUCACAGGCCAGGCAUCUACUGGCCCCGUGACUCAGAUCAUCCAGACCAAAGGACCCCUGCCAGCGGGGACCAUUCUGAAGCUGGUAACGUCAGCAGAUGGCAAGCCUACCACCAUCAUCACCACCACUCAAGCUAGCGGAACUGGAACCAAACCCACCAUCUUGGGCAUCAGCAGCGUCUCCCCCAACACCACCAAACCGGGCACUACCACCAUCAUCAAAACCAUCCCCAUGUCGGCUAUCAUCACCCAGUCCGGAGCGACGGGUGUAACCAGCAGCCCUGGGAUCAAAUCUCCCAUCACCAUCAUUACCACAAAGGUCAUGACAUCGGGCACAGGCACACCUGCCAAAAUCAUCACUGCUGUCCCCAAAAUUGCUACUGGACACGGGCAGCAGGGUGUAACCCAGGUGGUGCUGAAGGGGGCCCCUGGACAGCCGGGCACGAUCCUCCGAACAGUUCCCAUGGGUGGGGUGCGGCUUGUCACUCCAGUCACAGUAUCUGCUGUUAAGCCAACUGUCACUACCCUGGUGGUGAAGGGCACCACAGGAGUCACAACCCUCGGCACUGUGACUGGUACAGUGUCCACCAGCCUCGCUGGAGCAGGUGGCCAUAACACCAACGCCUCCCUAGCUACUCCCAUCACCACCCUAGGGACUAUUGCCACCCUUUCAAGCCAAGUGAUCAAUCCUACAGCCAUUACUGUGUCAGCUGCCCAGACCACUCUGACGGCGGCAGGAGGGCUCACCACCCCCACCAUUACCAUGCAGCCUGUCUCUCAGCCCACUCAAGUGACGCUGAUUACCACACCCAGUGGAGUGGAGGCCCAGCCAGUGCAUGACCUCCCUGUCUCCAUCUUGGCCUCACCUACAACAGAGCAGCCCACAGCCACAGUCACAAUCGCUGAAUCAGGCCAGGGCGAUGUGCAGCCUGGCACCGUGACACUAGUGUGCUCCAACCCCCCCUGCGAGACCCAUGAGACGGGCACUACUAAUACAGCCACCACAACUGUGGUAGCAAACCUUGGGGGCCUCCAGCAGCCAACCCAGGUCCAGUUUGUUUGUGACAGGCAGGAGGCAGGUGCCUCAUUGGUGGCUUCAGCAAUGGGUCAACCGAAUGGCAGCGUGGUGCGGGUCUGUUCAAAUCCCCCCUGUGAGAUCCAUGAGACAGGCACCACCAACACUCCCACUGUGGUCAGUGCCAACCUAACCAUCCCCGCACUGCUAGGGGCAGGGCAGAUUGUGUGCUCCAACCCCCCUUGUGAGACCCAUGAGACAGGUACCACCAACACGGCCACUUCUAGUAUGGCUGGGCAGCAUAUGUACUCCAACCCCCCAGGCCAGCCCCAGGACAUAGGUACCGCCAAUAGAGCCGCAUCCAACACGGCUGGGCAACGAGUAUGCUCCAACCCCCCAUGUGAGACCCAUGAGACGGGUACCACCAACACAGCCACCACCGCCACAUCCAACAUGACUGGGCAGCGUGUGUGUACAAACCCCCCGUGUGAGACCCAUGAGACAGGAACCACCAGCACUGCCACUACUGCCAUGUCCAACAUGGGCUCAGGGCAGCCAGCAACUGCCAGCCAGCAGCGUGAGACACAUCACACUCACACAACCAACACCCCCACCACAGCCCGAUCUAAUAUGGGCACUGGGGAGCCCGAGGGAGCGCAGGCUCCUGCCAAGGUUCCAUGCCAAACCCAUCAGACCAGCGCAACCAGCACCACCAUGACUGUGAAAGCUACAGAGAGACCAUGCCCAGUUGCUCCCCGGAUUUGCCCCAAUCCAUCCUGUGAGUCUGGCACCGGCACCACAGGUUCUGUGGGGCCGGCAUCUCAGAGCAGCUCAGCUAGUGGGGGUGGUACCAGCACAGGCUUAGGGCAACUAGCCUUCAUCAGCCGGCAGUCUGAGGUACAGCAUACCCAUACAACAAACACCCCGACUACAGCCCGGUCCAAUAUGGGCGCUGGGGAGGCUAUUGGGGUACAGGGGCCCACAAAGCCCUCAUGCCAAACACAUCAGACCAGUUCCACCAGCACCACUAUGACUGUGAAAGCCACAGAGGUGCUUUGCCUGGCUGCUUCUGCCUGUUCCAACCCACCUUGUGAAACGCAUGAGACUGGUACCACCAAUACAGCCACUACCUCGAAUGCAGGCACUCUCCAGCAGGUGUGCUCCAAUCCACCCUGUGAGACCCACGAGACUGGUACCACACAUACGGCCACCACUGCCACCUCCAAUGUAGGCUCCAAUCAGCCUGGGCAGCAGAUACCUGCUAGCCCUCAUUGUGAGACUCACCAGACCACCUCCACUGGCACCACCAUGACAGUCAACUUUGGUGUCCCAUCCUCUGGGGCCAGCCCCUCCCAGAAGACCCUGGAGGCAGCCUUAGCUUCUGCAGCAGCACCAGCCCCUUCCCCAGGGCAGAGGGUGUGUUCCAACCCCCCCUGUGAAACCCAUGAGACAGGCACCACACAUACGGCCACCACUGUCACCUCAAAUAUGAGCUCAAACCAAGACCCACCGCCAGCUCAAGGCAAUCAAGGGGAGCCGGAGAACAUGCAGGGAGAAAGCAUGAACACCACCAGCUCCAGCACUAUCACCACAACAGUUUCUUCCACUCAGACCCGCGCUGUGACUACCGUGACACAGUCCACGCCAGUUCCUGGUCCUUCAGUGCCGAACAUCUCAUCGAUGACGGAGAUGCCUCCCGAUGCCAUGGCUACAGAAACGUCUGUCUCAGCUACAAUAGCAGUGGCUGUGACUGGCACAGACGCACAAGAGGUGGCCCUUUCGGCCACAGACAUCCUCCAGCCCUUAGAAGAGAUCCCAGCUGAGACGGAAGCUCCGCAGCAGCUCUUACAGCCUCCCUCUGCUCCUGGAGGAGAGCAGACCGAGGGCCCGUCAGCUACUCACAGUCCUGAUCUACAGGCAGCGGUGGACAUGAGCGGACCUGGGGAGCCCUCCCCAGGCCAGGAGGCUGCCAGCUCCGCUGUAGUGACAGCCGUUAUGGUCCAGCCGCAGCCACAGCCCGAAGUGGACCAAUUGUCCCUGCCCCAAGAGCUGAUGGCUGAGGCUCAGGCUGGCACUACAACCCUUAUGGUUACAGGCCUUACCCCAGAGGAACUGGCAGUGACAGCAGCAGCUGAGGCUGCAGCCCAGGCAGCAGCUACUGAAGAAGCCCAGGCCCUGGCAAUCCAGGCUGUGCUCCAGGCAGCUCAGCAGGCCGUCAUGGGUGCUGGCGAGCCAAUGGACACAUCCGAUGCUGCUGCAGUGGCACAGGCAGAGCUGGGGCACUUGACAGCUGAGGGCCAGGAGGGGCAGCCUACUUCUAUCCCCAUUGUGCUGACCCAGCAGGAACUGGCUGCUUUGGUACAGCAGCAGCAACAAUUGCAGGAGGCUCAGGCUCAGGUGCACCACCACCAUCACCACCACCACCACCUGCCUACUGAGGCUCUGGCCCCGGCUGACAGCCUCAAUGACCCAGCCACAGAAAGUAAUGGCCUCAGUGACCUAGCCAGUGCUGUCACCAGCACUGUGGCCCUUCUGCCUUCCACAGCAACAGAGAGUUUGGCUCCAUCUAACACAUUUGUGGCUCCUCAGCCAGUGGUGGCUAGUCCAGCGAAGCUCCAGGCAGCUACUGCCCUGGCUGAGGUAGCUAAUGGCAUCGAGUCACCAGUGGGGAAACCUGACCCCUUGCCCCCACCUAUGAAAGCCACAGCAAAGAAAGAAAACCAGUGGUUCGAUGUUGGGGUCAUCAAAGGCACCAACAUGAUGGUGAUGCACUAUUUCCUGCCCCCAGAUGAUGCCCCGAGUGACUUAUAUUUUUCUGUCCCUUACCAGGAUGACUCGGGCACUAUCCCUGACUACAACCAACUAAAGAAACAAGAGCUGCAGCCGGGCACAGCCUACAAGUUCCGAGUUGCAGGCAUCAAUGCCUGUGGCCGGGGGCCCUUCAGUGAAAUCUCAGCCUUUAAGACUUGUCUGCCUGGCUUUCCUGGGGCUCCCUGUGCCAUUAAAAUCAGUAAAAGCCCAGAUGGUGCACACCUCACCUGGGAGCCACCCUCAGUGACCUCGGGCAAGAUCAUUGAGUACUCAGUAUACCUAGCCAUCCAGAGCUCCCAGGCAGGUGAACCGAAAAGCUCGGCCCCAGCUCAGUUGGCCUUCAUGCGGGUCUAUUGUGGGCCCAACCCAUCCUGCUUGGUGCAGUCCUCCAGCCUCUCCAAUGCCCACAUAGACUAUACCACCAAGCCCGCCAUCAUCUUCCGAAUUGCUGCCCGCAAUGAAAAGGGCUACGGCCCUGCCACACAAGUCAGGUGGUUACAAGAAUCUAGCAAAGAGAGUUCCAGCUCCAAGCCUGCCAGCAAGCGGCCCUUGUCCUCACCAGAAAUGAAAUCUGCUCCAAAGAAAUCCAAGGCAGAUGGCCAGUGAAUGCCGACCCUCUCCCCAGCCCCCUGCUCUGCUUCCAAGAUACCACCUGCUGCGCCUUGUACAACUUCCCCUCCUCCCCUACUCCCCCACCCUUUACCCCCAAACCUUUGGAGCCUCCCUCUGCCCGGUUUUCUUGUUCUCCAUUUUGUUUUGUUUUGGUUUGUUUGGGUUUCUUGAAAGGGUGGGGAGGACGAAUUGUUAUGAAGAAAGCACAUUUGAAAAUAUUGGGUUGGGGAGGGGAAAAGGUUAGCUUGAGAAAGAGGAGGAGAGGCCUUCACACCCUGGACCCCUGUGCUGAAUUUUGCAUGCAGUACCAAACCUUAGAGACAGCGGGUGGCCCCUCGUGCCUCCCCUGGGUGGUAGCGGGAAGAGGGGAAGAGGAUGACAACGAUGGGGGACCCGUUGGCAGUCUCCCUCUACCCAUGAAAGUUUUUCACAGCAGGGUUCCCGUGUAGGUUUUAUGCUUUUCCCAUAUUCGUGACCUUUAAAAGAGAAAUUUAAAAUUCCUUUUUAAGACAAACAUUUCUUUAUUCUUGGUUUUCCCUGGGGUUGCAGAGAAGACAGGUGUGGGAAUGGAGGAGGAAGGAGGAGGACUUCGGCCGCAAGAAAAUCAAAGGAAACCAACGGGCAAUGGGCAUUUAGCCAGCCUUCCUCCCCUCCCACCCCUUUCUUCAAAGUCGGACUUAGGCCGACCCCACGGACAUCUUUUGUCAUUUUUAUCUUUUUAGUUUGCAGCACCCAGAUUCCUUAACCUCACCUCAUCCCUGUUCCCCCCAAGCCUGUGAUUCCCCAGGGCCCUGGCAUCACAAUCUGCUACACCCCCCACCCACACUCCUGCACAGAGCAGGGGCUGGCACGGGCAGCAUGGCUUGGUCUAGAAGACGCUUUGUAACGCCACACUAGGGCGCAGUAGCCCCAGACAAGUUAGGGUCAGGGGAGGGGGGGAACUAUCAUAAUUUUUUUUUAAGUGAAAAGUUGAAGAAAUGAAGCUCAUUUUUAUUACAAUCUUAUAGUAUGUGGGGCUUUUUUUUUCCCUUUUUUGGGGGGGGGGUAUCUUUUAGCGAUGUACAAAAUGGAUUAUUUUUUUUUCCUCCCAAUCUAGCAUCAGUCUUGGCAGGGAUGUUCUGGGUGGGGGGAGGCGGGAGGGGGGCUAAACUGGCCAGGAUGAGAGAAUGGCAGCCCUGGGUAGCGCCAGCAGAGACAGGCUUUAAAUACUUUGGUUUCUCUUGACCGCAAACACUUUCUGCAUGUUGCCGGUCCCUUAUCUUCUGCUGGCCCAAUUCCCCUGAAGGAAGAGGGUAUGUCAGGUUAAUUGGGAGGAAGGAGGCAAUAACAACUUAGGCACAUAAAGAACCCAGAUCCUUUCAAGUUUAUCACGUUAGCCAGUUGGGCAAUGAGUGAACCAUCAGGUUGGUUUUCAAGAAAGGUAAUGUUGGAAUAUGCUGCCUCCCUUGUCCCCCAUCCUACCCCCAAUCCCUUUAUGUCUGAGCUCCCUAUAGACCCUUCCCUGGUCGGCUAGGGCCAGUCCAAACAGGAAGGGUUUCUGGUAGAGAUGGAGCCGAGAGUAGACAGCUGCCAGUUUCCAAGAGAGGCCCUUCCCUUUUCCUUUGCCCCUCCCCCAAACUUUUGUUUUUGGGGAAAGAGGGGAGUUGAAAGGGCAGAAUGGAAACUUGGAUUGGAAGAGGUUGAAGUUUGACGAUUGGAGGGGGAUGGGGGUGCUCUUUCUCAAAGCCAGCAGCUCCGGCCUACAGAUUCCAUGAAUUUGUAGGCCUUGCUCUCCAGCUUCACCCACCUGCUCUGAAGAGUAGAGCCAGUGAGUCAGGAGCUGAACUCAAUGUAAUAAGGCAGGGUGGCUAUGGGGAGCCAAGCUCCCCGGUGCCCCAAACCUGCAUUGGCAAAACGAGCACUUUUCAAAAUGCUGUACAAAAGAAUUUCCAAACAAAAAGCCAGCCUUGAGGAUCUGGCUAGAGCCUCUCCUCAGUUCUUGGGCCAGUCUGGAGAGGUAGCGACCGAUGUCCCUUUCCCUGCUUCCCCACGGUACCCUCUUCACCCUUCUGCUAUUGGACCCUACAAAACUGCAGGGCCUCUUCUUUUGUAUUAUAGUAUAUUUCACUGUGGACGACUUUACUGUUUAGUCUCUUAGAUUCCAUUCGCCUGGUCCUGCCAUCUGUUUUUCUUCAUCUUCUACCACCCACCCCUUUAAUUUCUUGCUUUUUUUUUUUUAAGACAGCUGUUCAAUCUUCCAUUGUAGAGAACCCCUCCCCCUGUGACUCAAUAUUACCCUAGUGCUAUGUUGUUUGUGCUAUUUUGAACAAUAAAAUACGUUUUUUUGAAAUAA